CGAAUUUUUCAGUACUUCUUGGACGUUCGCGCGAUUAACAACAGAUUCUCUAUAUCAGCUCAACCAUUACACGUCUUAAAGGAAGGCAGCAGCAGCAAGUAGCAGCGUACGAAGGAAGCGAGAGAAGCAGAAGCGAGAAAUGAUGAGCCUUUCUACUGUAUUUUUCGAGAAAAAUGGCUGUUGCUAGCUCCGUGUCUUCUUGAUCAGGCUUGCUUUCUAUUGGUUAAAGAAGGAGUUUUCGAAAACGGUGACAAUUGACCACACGUUUAGACGCUGCCCAGUGCACUGCGUGGGUGAAAGUCACAUUAGUGCACUGUAUACCUAUAAAUAGUGGGCCCCGAAUUUUCUCAUCUCACUUUUUCUCUAAACACCAGCUUAUUCAAACCUCGUGCGUUUGACCUCGUGGAAAUCAGUUAAAGAGACUCUGAGCUGUGCUAGUUGAGCUCUACUGAAUUGUCAAUUAAGAAUUUUAUAACCAUCUAUUUGUAACAUAAAGACUUCAAAUAACUACCAUGGCCCCAAAACGCAUGGCAGAAGAAUCAAUUCCUCAAAGAGUAGCUGCUUAUGGUUGUCGACUGCCAGAGAAAUUACCUCCUGGUGAAAUCUUGACUGACAUAACAAAAAAAUCAUGGAGAAUAGGCGAACCCAUAGGAUCCGGAGGCUUCGGUGAUGUAUAUUUAGCCUCAAGUGAUAUUAAGAAACCAGUUGGACAAAAAGCAAAGUACGUCAUCAAAAUUGAACCUCAUAAUAAUGGACCUCUUUUUGUUGAAAUGAACUUCUACAUUAGAGCAGCUAAAGCAGAAAUGAUUGAAGAUUGGUGCGAAUCACAGAACUUGAGACAAGUUGGAAUACCAACAUAUGAAGGAUCUGGAUCACAUCACUUCAAUGGCGCAAGAUACAGAUUUUUAGUUAUACCAAGAUAUGGUAUUGAUGUGGACAAAAUUUUCAGAUCUAACGGCAGAAAGUUGUCAAAGAAGAUCAUAAGUAGUUUAUCAGUUCAAAUGCUAUAUGCUUUAGAGUAUAUUCACAGUAAAGGGUACGCCCACUCAGACGUCAAAGGAUGCAAUAUUUUGUUAAAGAAAACAAGCCGUGAUAAUAAUAAUAUAGAUAUUGAAAAAACGCCAGCCUAUUUGGUUGAUUAUGGAUUAGCAUAUAGGUUUAGAAACAGUAACAAUGUUCACAAACCAUUUGAACAUGAUGAGAGAAGAGCACAUGAAGGCACUUUAGUAUACACUUGCAGAGAUGCUCAUCAUGGAACUCACUCUAGACGAGGAGAUUUGGAAACUUUAGGUUAUAAUAUACUUCAAUGGAUGUGUGGCAGAUUACCAUGGGAGCAAGAGGAAGGUGAUUUACCUGCAAAUACAGAUCCAGAAAAAAUUCAUGAACAAAAGGAAUACUAUAUGAAAAACAUUGACUUAUUUAUGAAAAAAUGUUUUGGAACCAAAAAUAUUCCAGAAAAUAUUUCAAAUUACAUGAAAUACAUCGUCAGUCUUAAGUUUGAAACCAGACCUGAUUAUUCGUACUUAAGAAGUUUAUUUAGAGAGAACUUAAACUUCCAAAAACUCUUUGGAAAAAGAUUUUCGUACGCAAACGAGAACUCGGUGGUUUUCGCGGCUCAGAAAAGCUUAAAUUUACCCGAGCGAAGGCCUUGCAAACCGGUCAACGGAGAAAUGCGAAUAACCAGGAGUACGUCGCAACCUCUUCUGCAACGCAUGAACAGCGACGAGGACUUCAGUUGGGAGUCGGUGUUGGCCUGUCAUCCCGACAAAAUUGCCAGAAUUACCGCACAGAUCCCUCCGUCGUCUCUCACGCCACCUCCGUCGCCAACGCCACCGUGCAUACCCACGUAUGCCAUGCUUGCCGUAAUGCAAAAAAUGAAAGACAGGCAGAACGGUACGAUAAAGCAAAAGAGCUCAAACAACGAUCUGAGACCAAGGUGGAUGACACCAGCUAUGGAAGAAAUAUAUGAAAGAAAGUUUGCGAGCAAUGUAGCCAUAAUACAAGAGCUCAAUGCAAAGUUGGGAUACAGAGCUACGCGGUCUCGAACGGCUCAAAAAAGAAAGAAUAAUCAGACGGCAAGAAAAGCGCCACAGACUGAAUCAAAACCUAGCUCGAAAAAGAGGAAAUUAUCGUAUUAAAAAUUCGAGAUUCGUAUUACGUGAGGAAAUUAGCGAUAAGCCCAUCACGGGUAAUUUCCACAUAAAAAUAAUAUAUUUAGUAUUAUUUAAUGAUUAGGUUAAAAUCGUGUCGACGUUCCUGCGAGAGGACAAUAUGUUUAAGACUCGUGUGUUUCUCGCCACUCAUUCGUAAGACUGCCUUACCGAGGUGCAAAAUGUCAGCGCCUUGGUGAUCACACAUCUAUACUUUUAUUUCGAUUAAUUUUUUUUUAUCAUUUUCUAUCGAACAAUUGUCAAAUAAUAGCUGAUUGAAAGAGUUUAUACGCUAUACGCUCAAUUAUCGAUUGAGCAUUAAUCAAAUUUUCAAGUAAAUUUUUCUUGUACAAAAUAAUGAAAUUCGUUUUAUUUUUGUUCUAUCAAUACGAUCAAUUUUGUAAAACAAAAAAUGGUUGAUAAUACUUAAUUCGUAAAUUUUUUUCACGAUUGAAGUCAUAAAAAACAGCCGAAAUCACGGCCUUUAAUACUUAGCAUUUUUAAGUAGUUACUAUUAAUCAUAAGAUCAAUUUUCAGUGGAGGACAAAAAUGAAUACUGCCCAAAAUUUAUAAUGAACAAAUUAUAAAUAUUCAUCAAUGAAUUUAAAUGAAUUCAAAAAAAAAAGAAACCAAUGAACUUCCAGUAAUGGUUAGUACGGAAAAAAUGCUUCCCACUACGUCGAGAAAGUCGCUAUCUUUUUUUUCCUUUGUAAAUACAAUCAAAUAAGAAGUAAAACUAUUUUACAAUUUAAUUGUUCAUUUGUGAUAGAUGCGUUAUCGGUUGUUAAGUUGAGCGUACCUGUGCCACAUUAUCAUGCUACGUAAUCGAGGAUAAAAAUAAGAAAAUUGUGUAUUGUGUUUGUGAAAAUUACGUUAUAAGUUCGUAAAGUGAUACGAAGCGAAAGAUUGAUGAUCAUUGAUUUAUUUUUGUUUUAUUAUUACGCAAGAUGCAGGAGCGCAAUGGAAACCGAAUCUUCCCAAGUACGUUCUCCGCAUCGAUAUUGGCAAAAGAAAUUAUUUAAAACCGAUGCUUUUUUAUUGCGAUUGAAUAAAUAAGUAAGCGAAAAACAUGAAAAAUAAAAAGUUUUAAAAAAUGCAGAAAAAAAAAAUAAUAAAAACUAUCAGAUAGGAGGAUUAACUCGUAGGCUUCUUUUGUACAUUAAAAGCUCUAUAUGGCGUAUCAUGUGUAUUAUUAACAAUAUACUGUAUAACAAAUCAAAUAUAGACUCACAAGGUGCAUUUAUUUCAACUAA